AUGGCCCACAUUCUAACUGCUGUUGAAGGAUCACAGGUGGAUAUUGUUCCUGUCCGUCGUGCCUUGGUCAGUGUAUCGGACAAGGCAGGUAUUGUUGAGUUUUGUAGCUUCCUAAGUUCGAAAGGAGUUGAGCUACUUUCAACUGGCGGCACUGCCAAAAAGUUGCGAGAAGCUGGUCUCGAAGUCCAAGACGUCAGCGACUACACUGGUGCUGUCGAAUGUUUAGAUGGACGUGUGAAGACCUUGCACCCGAAGGUACACGGUGGAUUGUUGGCUGUACGUGGAAAUGAACAACAUGAAAAGCAAAUGGACGAGCAAGGAAUGAAACCAAUUGAUAUGACUAUUUUGAAUCUGUACCCAUUCGAGGCCACUGUAGCCAAAGGUGCCGGUUUUGAACAGUGUAUUGAGAAUAUCGAUAUUGGUGGUCCAUCGAUGCUUCGUUCAACUGCGAAAAACCACGCAUUUACCGCGAUUGUCACGUCUCCCGAACAGUACUCAAAAAUCCAAGAGGAGAUCGAAACAAACGGUGGAACUUCUCUAGCCCUUCGCAAAGGCUUGGCAGCACAAGCAUUUGCUUUGUCUGCAGCAUAUGACUCCUCGAUCAGUUUAUGGUUUGCAAACCAACUUUCCAGCGACGCUCCAGUGACUGCUCGCGUAUACAAGCCCGAGUUCCCCUUGAAGUAUGGAUGCAAUCCACAUCAGAAACCAGCUUACAUUUCCUCUCGACUGGGAUGUGAUCUUCCUUUUGAGAUUAAAAAUGGAGUUCCUGGAUAUAUCAACCUACUAGAUGCCGCGAAUGCUUGGCAAUUAGUUUUGGAGCUGAAGCAGGCCACUGGAUUGGCUGCCGCUUCUUCAUUCAAGCACGUUAGUCCUGCCGGAGCAGCUGUUGCUGUAUCACUGACUGAUGCGGAGGCGAAAGCCUACGAAGUCACCGAGGAAACCCGUACUUCCCUGACACCUGCUGCACUUGCAUAUCUGAGAGCCCGUAACGCCGAUCCAAUGUGUUCUUUUGGUGAUUUCUGUGCCAUCUCUGACGAAGUUGAUGAGGCGACUGCCAAGUAUUUGAAAAAGGAGAUUAGCGAUGGUAUCGUUGCUCCAUCAUAUACUCCCGAGGCCCUUGAAAUCCUGAAGUCGAAGAAGGCUGGAAAGUUCAUUGUAUUGCAGGCCACACCAAAUUAUCAUCCCGGAGAUGUUGAAUACAGAGAGGUCUACGGAAUGACUUUCUCCCAAAAGAGAAACGACGUAAUCAUUGGAAAGGACCACAUGCAGAAGGUGGUCACUUCGACUACAAAUCUUGGUGACGGUGCUGUUCGUGAUCUCAUUGUUGCAUCGAUUUGCAUCAAGUACACUCAAUCGAAUUCAGUGGGGUUCGCCAAAGAUGGUAUGAUGGUAGGCGUAGGGGCAGGUCAACAAUCUCGUGUUGAUUGUGUGAAAUUGGCGGGACGCAAAGUAACCACAUGGUAUUUGCGCCAGCACCCCAAGGUUCUGGCAUUGCCAUUCAAGGAGGGUAUUAAGAGACAAGACAGAGUCAACGCAAGGGUACGCUACAUCGAAGGUGACUUUACCGCGGAAGAAAAGACACGCUGGGAAGAACAUUUCACCGAGACACCAGCUAUUUUGACUGAAGAAGAAAAAGCUGAUUUUAUGAAGGGUUCGAGUGGGGCGUCUCGUUUGUUGCUCAACCUGGUGGCAGCGUGCAAGAUAAGCAGGUCACCGAAGCCUGCGACGAGUACGGCAUGGCCAUGUGCUUCACAGGGACCCGUCUCUUCCACCACUAGAAUUUAA